UAAAUAAACUGUAAUAACAAUCGUACUAAAAUAAAAAUGCAAAUAAAAUAAAAUACCACAUUUAUAAAUGUUUGUGUUUUCCAGAAACUCAGGUGGGGUCAGGGGUCAGGGGUCAGGGGUCGUCAGUGCAGAGGGAUUUUAGUCAGUGAAUCAUCUCCAUGUCAGUGUUCAGGUCCAUUGAUUUUAUUUGACAGAAAUUGACGCUAAAAUAAUAAAAACAUUUCUGUUGCUUUAAACUGUCACGUUCUCUUCAUUCUCUCUUGGUGUCGGUGAUUCUUCACGUUGUUUACUUCUUCUAAAACUUGCACAUGCUCAGUGCAUGUCUCCAGUUUUGCUGCAGCAGCGCCACAGCGCCACCUACAGGCCGGACACGUGUACUGCAGCGUCGGUAGGAUGAAGUACGAGAUUUUGACAGUGUCCUCACUAGGGAUGCUGUAUGAGGACAUGUAUGUGUGUGUGUGUGUGUUUUCUUGUGUGUGUGUGUGUGUGUGUGUGUGUGCAGUUACACGGAUCGUGUUACUGUCUGCACCGCUGAGCUGAGUCCACCGCCUCUGCACCAAUCACAGCCUUCCUCUACACACACACGCACACACACACACACACACACACACCUCUCACAUGCGUCUGCGCUUCUGUCUGCGCCAAACAUGUUCACCCCGAUACACAGCUGAGAGAGAGACAGACAGAGAGAGAGAGAGAGAGACAGACAGAGAGAGACAGACAGACAGAGAGAGAGAGAGAGAGAGACAGACAGAGAGAGAGAGAGAGAGAGAGACAGAGACAGAGACAGAGAGACAGAGAGAGAGAGAGAGACAGAGACAGAGAGAGAGAGAGAGAGAGAGAGAGCGAGCAUCUCUCCUCUGUCACAUCUUCUCUUCGCUCGAUACAAACCGCAGCAGGAGCCGUUUGUCUCCUCCUCCUCCUCCUCCUCCUCUUCAUCUCCUCGUCCUUUAAAGGAUAAAACAAAUAGCGGAGUCCGAUUUUUCGGAUUUUGUGGGAAUAUACCUUUAUUUUUUCUUCCUCCUCUUUUCUCUCCCGGUUGUCGUCGGUAGCGCGCAGUGAAGCGCGCGCUGCCCCUGCACAUUCCGGUGAAUGGUGGAUCUGGCGAACAUGGAGACGGUGGAGCGGGAGUGCGGGGCCCUCGGGGGCCUGUUCCAGGCCAUCGUCAACGACAUGAAGUGUUCGUAUCCAGUGUGGGAGGAUUUCAGCGCCAAGGCCACGAAGCUUCAUUCUCAGCUCCGAACCACUGUUCUGGCUGCUGUGGCUUUUCUGGACGCUUUUCAGAAGGUGGCAGACAUGGCAACCAACACCAGAGGGGCAACCAGAGACAUUGGUUCAGCUCUGACCAGGAUGUGCAUGAGACAUCGUAGCAUCGAGGCCAAACUUCGCCAGUUCACCAACGCUCUGAUGGAGAGUCUGAUCACUCCUCUCCAGGAUAAGAUAGAAGACUGGAAGAAGACGGCCAACCAGCUGGACAAGGACCAUGCCAAAGAGUACAAGAGGUCACGACACGAGAUCAAGAAGAAGUCAUCAGACACGGUGAAGCUGCAGAAGAAGGCUCGCAAAGGGCGUGCAGACCUGCAGCCUCAGUUGAACAGUGCGAUGCAGGACGUCACAGACUUGUGUCUCCUGAUGGAGGAGAUGGAGAAGCAGGCGGUGAGAAGAGCUCUGGUGGAGGAGAGAGGACGCUUCUGCACCUUCAUCAACUUCCUGCAGCCUGUGGUGAACGGAGAGAUCGCUAUGUUAGGAGAGAUCACUCACCUGCAGGCCAUCAUCGAUGACCUCACUGUGUUAACCACUGACCCUCACAAACUGCCCCCUGCUGGUGAACAGGUCAUUAAGGAUCUUAAAGGCUCAGAUUACAGUUGGUCGUAUCAGACUCCGCCUUCAUCUCCAAGCAGCUCCGGCUCACGCAAGAGCAGCAUGUGCAGCAGCGUGAACAGCGCCCACAGUAGUGCCUCCCGUUCAUCAGGAGGAGGUGGCAGUGCGGGUGUUGGCGGCGGCGGCUCCCAGCCACACUCACCCACCUCCUCCUCCUCCUCCUAUCGGUACCGCAGCAGCCUGCCACACCAGCCUCUGCCACCGGGGGGCAUCGCCGCACACCGGCUCAGCAGCGUCUCCUCCCACGACUCGGGCUUCGUGUCCCAGGACGCAAAUAUCUACUCCAAGCCACCUUCACCCAUGCCCUGUGACAUCACGAGCCAGAAAUCAUCGAGCUCAGCGUCGUCAGAGGCUUCAGAAACCUGUCAGUCAGUGAGCGAGUGCAGCUCCCCGACCACAGAUUGGUCCAAAGCAGGUCAGUACGAGCCACCGCCGGCAGCAGCAGCAGCAGCAGCAGCAGCAGCAGGCGUUCAGAGGAGGAAGGAACCUCUGGACCGGCUGAGGGAGAACGAGGCAUCGCCGGGUUCUCAGGCUUACGCCGGACCUUCACACUGUGAUGACGGACAGAGGGCCAGGAUGACCCCGGCUACGAUCGCAGCCAAGCAUGGAGAGGACGUGUCUCCAGCAGCCAGUGACCUGGCCAUGGUGUUGACGCGAGGACUGAGCAUGGAGCAGCAGAAGAGCAGCAGAGACUCGCUGCAGUACUCCAGUGGAUACAGCACAGAGACCACCACCCCGUCCUGCUCGGAAGACACCAUCCCUUCACAAGGUUCAGAUUACGACUGUUACUCAGUGAACGGCGACGCUGAAGGUCAGGACGGACAGACCGACUUCGACAGGUCCUCCACCAUUCCUCGACACUCAAACAUCGCUCAGAACUACCGGCGCAUGAUCCAGACCAAGCGUCCGGCCAGUACAGCCGGACUUCCCACUGGUGUUCUUGGUCCCGGUGCUCAUGGAAUACCAGGACAACCGGGCGGAGCUGGCGGAGGCGGGACUCCAGGCACCGCCACCAUCCGCCGAACCCCGUCCACCAAACCCGGUGUGAGGCGCACGCUGUCGAGCGCGGGUCCCAUCCCCAUCCGACCUCCCAUCGUGCCCGUGAAGACGCCCACCGUCCCCGGAGACUCGCACUCUCCCGGUGCCGGCGGUGCAGGACGUGUGGGCGGGGCUCCUGCGCGCGUGGGCAGUGAGGAAUGCGUGUUCUUUGCCGGGCUCGAGGACGCACAGGGCGCGCUCGAUUAUGUGAAAGCAUCCCCCAAACGCCUCAGCCUCCCUAACACCGCCUGGGGAUCAGGGGCGGCGCUGGAGGUCUACGCCCAGCAGCACGCAGGUCUAGCAAUGGGAAUGGGGGCGGGGUCAGAGGAGGAACAGAUGAUCGCAGCCAAUCGGCACAGCCUAGUUGAGAAGAUCGGUGAGUUGGUAGCAAGUGCACACGCCCUCGGCGAGGGGCAGUUCCCUUUUCCCGCCCUCCCCGACGACCCGACCCCGACGACCAGCUCCGCCGACACUCAGGCGGAGACUGACGAGGCGGAAGGUUCCGGUGAUAUGUUGACCACGAUCAGACGAGGAGUCCGCCUCCGCAAGACCGUGUCCAAUGACCGCUCGGCUCCGCGCAUCUUGUGAUCGGAAUGGGAGGAAACUUUGUCAGCCAAUAGGGAGUCAGGUGUUGGCCCCGAACUUAACCGUGUAGAGAAAUCUAUAAAAUAAAAGAAGACGAACAAAAAAUACGUUUAAAGACGCCGUUAGAGUAAAAGAUGUAUAAUAUUACAAUGAUCACAUUGAUGAUGUUAAUCCAUACUGACCAUUAGAAGUUAAAGGUCCAAUAUGUAAUUUACCUGAGUGCUCGCCAGUCGAGCUAGCGCGGUUAUGCUAGCUGUCCUGAAGAAAAGCUAGCUGCUUACUUCCGUGACGCUGAUACCGCCCGUGCGUUCCGAUGUUUUCGAGCGACACUCGUGAAGCCGUCACGUAUGCGACGUCCCGAUCUCUGAGCUUUCAGAAAACUCAGAGCAAAGAUGUCGGGACGGGAACGCUGAGGAACAAAGUCGGCAAACAUUCUCGUCUUGUGAGUGCGAUAAACAAUUUGAAGGAAAUCAGCGUCUGUAAAGUCUGGUGUUUCCCACGGUUACCACACUGCAGGCCUGAAGCCUUUUUCGUAAAUAAAUCUUCCCGUACUCGGUUAGUUGGAGCGUUAGCAUGAAGAUGGCGUGAUUAUGACGGGGGUCUGCAAACGUGCUCGUCUAAAUUUGAACAAACAUCUGUAAGGUCCAGCGUUUCCCGCGGUAACCGCUCCACAAACAGUAUCUUCACGUUUGUUUCCCGACGCAAGGCGGAAAGUUGCAUAUUGGACUUUUAAAAUCCUGAUCAUUGACAGGCUCGUAGCGGGCCGCUAUAACUCGUGUGUGUUGGACGCAUGUUUGUCUUCUCUACACCUUCACCCAGGGACGGACCGAUGGACAAAGACAGACAGACGGAGGACAAGACUCGGGUUCUGUUCUGUCCUGAGAGGGAGGAAGGGGGAGGCGGGGUCAGAGUGAACCUUGGUUGACCUCCAGCCCUCGGAUGUGAAGCUCGGGGCGUUAGCAUGGGGAGCUAACAGGCCAGAGGACUCCUCUGGUUCCACGUUAAUGUACAAGAAAAAAAAAAAGAUGCUGUUGGCAUUGAACCGUGCUAGUGCCCCCCCCCCCCACCCCCCACAGUGUGUGUGUGUGUGUGUGUGUGUGUGUGAGGGGGGGAGUGGGUGGAGCUCUGCUCAGCUGAUUACUGUGGAUACAUGUGCGGUUACAUUUGUGUCGAUCGUCGUGAACAAACAACACUUUUAAAAAAUCCACAAAUUACUAAUAAAAUAUCGACGACUCAUUCAAAAAUAUUAUAUUUUAUUUGUUUGAAAAUAGUUUUCACUCUCAACCUUCGAUUCUGUCCCCGAAAAAAACACAGUGACAUCUGACAAGGUUCUAAUAAUAAUAACAAUGAUAAUAAUAAUAAUAAUAGUAAUAAUAAUUGUAAGUUUUCUAACGUUUGUCAGAUUACGACAGACAGCGGAGCGACCAAGCCUGGUCCAUCGAGCUGUCGCUCCAAAACUCUGUAGCCAAUCAGCAGGCAGCUUUAUAAGCCCCGCCCCAUGGUCAGAAUCGCAAAAAAAAUAUAUUUGUAGCUAAAUUACGAUUGUUAUAAAGUGUUGUUUGAUAAUAUUUCAUAAUUUUGACACAAAUCUAAUUCCACAUUGUCCCACGUGUCA